AAAACUAGACCAAUCGAAAAGUAACACAUGUUCGAGAUGUCGAACGAAGCAAUGCGUUAUUUUGUCCCUGGUGCGGAUCAAGGAGUAAAACGUGUUGGGAAAAAUUUGAGAGUAUGUUGCGACUCGCUGUCGAUCGAAAGGGAUAUUAUUUGGUCGAGCAUUUGGUAAAAACACGAUGUUGCUGUCGCGUGAAAAGUUUUGUUACGCGUUCUACGACGAGAAGCUUGGAUACGUAAGAGAUAGAAGAACCGAAAAGCAGAAUGCAAAUGUCGCUAUGAGCAUGACGGCGAAUCGCCUAGUCGUGCUUUUCGUUUUCGUGUCAGGAAUUGCUGUUGCUGUCAUCGGCACCUUACUGUCUCAAUACAUUCGUGGUUUCCUGAAAUAUUUACCGGUUAUUCUUUUAGAUCACGACUAUCGUCAUGUAUUUAUACCGCUGCCGACGGAAGGUGAGUUAAACGUGUACGACGAAGGUACCUUGGAUUUAGCAUUGCCAAGGACUGAGCUGCGUCAUCAAUUGGAAAUUGAGAAUAGCGCGACAUCCACCGCGGAAGCUUUAACCUCGCUGUAUCUGGCAUUGGAGAUGAAAUUGUCGGGCAAACAAAAGAAAGCGAUCAAAUUGUUUCAGCAUGCCGUGGCUUUAGCACCCCGCCACCCAGAUAUCUUGAAUCAUUACGGCGAGUUUUUGGAGCACACACAGAACGACGUUAUCAAAGCAAACGAAUAUUAUGUGCGUGCAUUGAGUUUUCAACCGAACCACGAAGGUGCACUGAUAAACAGUCAAAGAACGGCUCGAGUAGUCGAAGAGUUGGAUCGAAGAAUGCUGCGACGCAUAGACGAAAAAAGAAACACACUGUCCACGAUUCCUGACAACAAUGCCGCCUUGAUACGAGCAAAGAAGGAGGCUUAUUUUCAACAUAUAUAUCAUACAGUUGGCAUCGAGGGGAACACAAUGAAUUUAGCUCAGACCCGGGCGAUCGUUGAAACGCGUACCGCGGUUGCUGGUAAAAGCAUCGAUGAGCACAACGAGAUUCUCGGCUUGGACGCUGCAAUGAAAUACAUCAACGCGACCCUGGUCAAUAGGAUGGGAUCGAUUUCCAUUAAGGAUAUAUUAGAAAUUCAUAUGCGUGUUUUAGGACACGUGGAUCCCGUUCGAGGUGGUCAAUUUCGACGUACUCAAGUGUACGUUGGUGGUCAUGUACCUCCUGGUCCAGGAGAUAUCCAUUAUCUUAUGGAAGAAUUCGCGUUAUGGUUAAACAGCGAAAGAGCUAUUCGAAUGCAUCCAGUCAGAUACGCCGCUCUAGCGCAUUACAAGUUGGUACAUAUACAUCCGUUUUCUGAUGGUAAUGGUAGAACGUCUCGCUUGCUUAUGAACAUGAUUCUUAUGCAAGCUGGUUAUCCUCCAGUUAUUAUCCACAAGCAGCAUCGACACACGUAUUACGAGAAUCUCCAAAUAGCGAAUACCGGCGAUGUCCGACCGUUUGUACGAUUUAUAGCAGAAUGCACGGAACAAACGUUGGACCUGUUCUUGUGGGCAACCAGCGAAUUCUCUAGGCAGGUUCCCGCGCUUAGUCAAGAUACCUUGUUCACCGAACGACGCGAUACCAUCGUUUUGGAGGAUGACAUGGCGACGGAUAGCGUUACCAAUGCCUUUGACACUGGCUAAUAGUCUCGGUCGGCUUUUCCAAUGUACGCUACACGUUUCCAAGUAUCGUUAAACCAACGUUCGUUAAACCAAAGAUCUGGAUUCGCUGAACUAUUCGUUUACCUCUGUUCCGUCUGCAACAACGCUCUUUGUAUUUAAAUUGGAAACUCGGUUUUGCGAGCCUCCAACCUAUUCUCCUUGGAAUUGCGAAUGUUUGUCCUCCUUUUGCCUUUUGCUCCCAUCUAACGAAUUGAACAUUCAGCCCGUUUCUACAGUUUUGUUACCUAUGUCAUUAAGUGUACAUGGCCGCGCACACACUUUCCCUUUCGUUAACUAGAUCUUUUCUUGAUUUGUUUUCCUCAACGAUCCGUCGACGUACAUGCGUUCGCGAUUACCGACGCAUUUUCCCCCAUACGACCCGGUAUGCUUCCAUUUAUAAUUUCUCUUGCUUUUUAUCGUAUGCGCCAAGACAGUCGAAAAACGGAAAAUCGUGUGAAACCCAAUCAAAGACUGUGAUCUAAUUUAGGAAUAUACGUAAGUUAAUAUUUAAUUAGGCGAAUUUUAAACAUCGAUAUGGAAUGUAUGUUGAAAACGUCGCGUAUAAAUUUAAGGUCGGAUGCGUAAUCGCUACUCGCUGGUCGAGCUACUUGCGAUACCACGUAAAUACGUACGCGACUUUUAAUAAAUCCAUUAUUUUCUAAAUCUUUACGUUGGUAUAUUCUUUUUACCAUCAUCUACGCAAAAACAAUUAAUGUAGUCAGUACGAUAAACGAACUUGCCAUUUGAUCGGCUAGCUUUAAGUCGAUUAUAAAUAUACAUAUAUAUAUAUAUAGUUUAUUUAUCAAACAACUGGGUUGGGUAUAUCGUUUGAUACGCAUAUGACAAAGAAAGUGAAAGAUUAAGACAAAUAGCGUAUCGUUUGUAUCAUUGUCUCUGUUCAAUCCUUUGUUUAGUUUCGUCGGCAGAUUUUUCUCCCUUUUUUUUUAUAAAAAGUAGAGUAUCGCCGUUGUAGCCUGAUACGUUUAAUGCCGAUCGUAACGAUGUUGCUGCCACUAUCGUAUCAAAGUAUCCAAUCCACCGAUUCGAACGUUUUCUUUCUUAUCUCGCUAUUCGAUUCUAUAGUGCGAUUAAUAAUAAGGCAAAGAAGUAUUGAACGCUCGAUUGCUACGAAACUUUAAUUUUUGUACGUCUAAUAAAACAUUAUUGACGCUUUGUUGGCGAAAGAAACGAUACAGAGAUAAUUCCCAUCGUUUUCAAGCGUGUUCGAUCCAAAUAUGUAUCACGAGUGAACAAAAUCUUUACGCUAAACGUGCAAAUCUCUCCUUUUUUUUUUUUUUAAUGCGAUAUAACGAUGUAGUUUUAUCUAUAUAAAUACAUUUCUAUAAAAAUCA